AGCAAGAUAGUAAAAGGCCUCACUAAUUCAAAAAAAGAACAAGAGGGCUCGACAGCGUUGCCGUGACCUUGACAAAAAAUCAACGCAAAACCGAGAAAGCAUGAUUCCAACCAGGAGGGUAUUUAUGCGAAUGAAACGAAACAAAAAACUCUGGUCCACGGCUGUGGCAGCAGCAGCAACGACGACCACCGUGUUGUUCUGCUCGCCAUCAUCCGGAGACCUGUCCUCCCGCAGAUGCGAACAGCGACUUGUUUCCUUCGCCUCGGCGUUCACCCCCCAAAAUGGGCCCUGGGGUGUUGCCACGGGAUCCGCUGCAGCGAUGCGGGUGUCAUCCAUCUCGAAAGCUUUGAGCAGUGCUGCCACGAGCGCCGGUGUUUUUUCCUCGAAUGUCACCGAAUGCAAAGAGAGCGAUGCGGUUGAGGGCCAAGACGACGAGGAAUCCGUUGUGGUCACAGAAAUUCCGUUCGACGAAUCCGUAUUGACGUACGAUCAUUACAAUGGCGUAACCAUAAACCUGGAAAAAUACGAAGAAAAUAAUGACGGCCGCGCAGAUGACGAUUCCUUGAAUCUAUCGUUUGCGACCAAACUCAACAACGCUUUGUCCAUUUGGAAGGCCGAGGGGCGCAAAGGGAUAUGGAUCCACACGAAUUCUCAAUCCGCAAAGUACAUUCCCGACUGUGUCGAAGCAGGAUUUCAAUUUCACAAGAUCCUACCAAAGAAGACGAGCAAUGAUUCCAGCAACCCAGACGAGGGAAAUAGCAGCAACGCACUCGUGUUGAGUCGAUGGUUGCCCACCGAUACGCCAUCGCGGUUGCCCCAUGGACCUACUCACCAAGUCGGCGUUGGCGUCAUACUUUUGAACCCUUCGGAUCCAUCGCAAAUGCUUGUCGUGAAAGAAUUGAGUGGACCUGCUGCCAAAUACAAUUUGUGGAAAAUGCCCACGGGAUUAGUGGAUCCUCAAGAAUAUGUCCCCGAAGCUGCCUCCCGAGAAUUGCUGGAAGAAACGGGCAUCGAGGCAACAAUGAGCAGCAUCUUGUGUAUUCGACAAGCUCAUAGAUCGAACGCCGAUACGUCCGACAUGUUUUUUGUGUGCAAAAUGACGCCAAGCAAAGAAGAAAUUAUAUGGCAACGACAAGAAGCAGAGAUUGCCGAAAUUCGUUGGAUGCCUGUGAAGGAGUAUUGCCAACAAGAUCAAUGGCAGGGCAGUCCAUUGUACGAAACAUUGAAUGAUUGCGUGCUGAAAGCAUCCUUGCAAGAAGUAGAACGUCAGCAGAGAAAUGCAGAGAAGGUAGACACUGGUAAGAUCUUGAAUGGCAUUGAACAUCGCCAGCUUGAAGUAGGAUUCGGUCGAACGGACGGCAAAAGCGAGGCUCUGUUUCUGCCCGAGCCACAGCAACUACCGUCUUCGACAAUCACCACGACAGGUUCGAAACUGUAAAUCACUACUGGGGAAUGAAAUAUAGAAAACUAUACUUU